CACAGCUGGCAUGCACCCUAACCCCCACUGCUCCCAGCAGCCACACAGCUGGCAUGCACCCUAACCCCCACUGCUCCCAGCAGCCCCACAGCUGGCAUCUAAAUGAGUCGCUGAUCACUCCAUCAUGCAACUUAAACAAAAGCCGGAGAGCCAGGAAUCCUCUGGUAGCUACUGAGUGCGACCCUGUUUUAAACCCAAUAGCAAGUCCAUACACUGAACGAUCUUGUCACCAUGGAACUGAGUGAAGCCAAUUUGCAGGGUCUAACAGAGUAUCUGAAGAAAACCCUUGAUCCAGACCCUGCUGUAAGACGCCCAGCUGAAAAGUAUCUUGAAUCUGUUGAAGGAAAUCAGAAUUAUCCACUGCUGCUUUUAACACUGGUUGAACGAUCUCAAGAUAAUGUCAUCAAAGUUUGCUCUGCCGUCACUUUCAAAAACUACAUCAAAAGGAACUGGAGAAUUAUUGAAGAUGAGCCUAACAAUAUCUGCGAAGCUGACCGAAUAGCUAUUAAAUCAAGUAUCAUAAACCUGAUGCUGAGUAGCCCAGAGCAAAUACAGAAGCAGUUUAGUGAUGCCAUAAGUAUCAUCGGACGUGAAGAUUUUCCCCAGAAGUGGCCAAAUCUCUUGACAGAAAUGGUGAACAGGUUUCAGAGUGGAGACUUUCAUGUAAUAAAUGGGGUUCUACACACGGCUCACUCCCUGUUCAAAAGAUACCGGCACGAGUUUAAAUCAAGCGAAUUGUGGACCGAGAUUAAACUGGUACUGGAUACAUUUGCUGCGCCACUGACAGAUCUUUUUAAGGCAACCAUUGAGCUGUGUAAUACUCAUGCAAAUGAUGUCAAUGCUUUAAAGGUUCUUUUCUCCUCCUUAAUUCUGAUAGCAAAGCUUUUUCACAGUCUAAACUUUCAGGACCUUCCUGAAUUUUUUGAAGAUAACAUGGAGACAUGGAUGACCAAUUUUCACAACCUGUUAACUUUGGAUAACAAACUACUACAAACUGAUGAUGAAGAGGAAGCAGGGUUGCUGGAGACAUUAAAAUCCCAAAUCUGCGACAACGCAGCUUUAUAUGCUCAAAAAUAUGAUGAAGAAUUCCAGCCCUACUUGCCACGCUUUGUCACAGCCAUAUGGAACCUGCUGGUAACCACGGGUCAGGAAGUUAAGUACGAUUUGUUGGUAAGCAAUGCCAUCCAGUUCCUGGCAUCUGUCUGCGAGAGACCUCACUAUAAAAACCUGUUUGAGGACCCCAGCACUUUGACAAGUAUCUGUGAAAAGGUCAUUGUUCCCAAUAUGGAAUUCAGAGCUGCUGAUGAAGAAGCUUUUGAGGACAACUCUGAAGAAUAUAUUAGAAGAGACUUGGAGGGAUCAGAUAUAGAUACAAGGCGCAGAGCAGCUUGUGAUUUGGUGCGAGGUUUGUGCAAGUUCUUUGAAGGCCCAGUCACCAACAUCUUCUCUGGUUACGUUAGCUCAAUGCUCCAAGAAUACGCAAAAAGCCCAUCGGUGAACUGGAAGCACAAAGAUGCUGCCAUAUACCUUGUUACAUCUUUGGCAUCUAAAGCACAAACACAAAAGCAUGGAAUUACUCAAGCCAAUGAACUCGUUAACAUAACAGAAUUCUUCGUCAAUCACAUUCUUCCAGAUUUAAAGUCUGCAAACAUCAAUGAAUAUCCAGUACUUAAAGCAGAUGGAAUUAAGUAUAUCAUGUUUUUCAGAAGCCAACUUCCCAAAGAGCAGCUUCUGGUUACCAUUCCUCUCCUAAUCGCACAUCUGCAGGCAGAAAGUGUAGUAGUCCAUACUUAUGCAGCUCACGCCCUGGAGAGGUUCUUUACCAUGAAAGGAGCCACUUCCCCCACCCUCAUUGUAGCAGCUGAGAUGAUGCCGUACGUGGAGCUCCUUUUAGCAAACCUAUUUAAAGCACUUUCCUUGCCUGGCUCAUCUGAGAAUGAAUACAUAAUGAAAGCAAUCAUGAGAAGCUUUUCAUUGCUGCAGGAAGCCAUCAUCCCUUAUAUACCCUCUGUGAUCAGCCAACUAACACAGAAGUUGCUUGCAGUGAGCAAGAAUCCAAGCAAACCUCAUUUCAAUCACUACUUGUUUGAGGCCAUCUGUUUAUCUAUACGGAUCACCUGCAGAGCAAACCCUGCUGCUGUUGGGAGCUUUGAGGAUGCCCUCUUCCUGGUCUUCACAGAGAUCCUGCAGAGCGAUGUUCAAGAGUUCAUCCCCUAUGUCUUUCAAGUCAUGUCAUUGCUCCUGGAAAUUCACGCAAAUGAUAUCCCAACAUCCUACAUGGCCCUGUUUCCUCACCUCCUUCAGCCAGUUCUGUGGGAGAGAACUGGUAACAUCCCUCCACUUGUCAGACUUCUGCAAGCCUACCUAGAGAGAGGUGCCAAUACCAUUGCUGCAAGUGCCUCCGAUAAAAUUCCUGGUCUCCUUGGUGUCUUCCAAAAACUCAUUGCCUCUAAAGCCAACGAUCAUCAAGGAUUUUAUCUGCUAAACAGUAUUAUUGAGCACUUGCCCGCAGAAUGUAUUGAGCAAUACAAGAGGCAGAUCUUCAUUGUUCUUUUCCAAAGGCUCCAAAGCUCCAAAACGACAAAGUUUGUGAAAAGUUUCCUAGUCUUUUUAAAUUUAUUUUGCAUCAAAUUUGGAGCCAUUGCCCUGCAGGAAAUGUUUGACAGUAUCCAGCCAAAGAUGUUUGGAAUGGUUGUGGAGAAGAUAAUUAUCCCCGAGAUACAGAAAGUUUCCGGACCUAUUGAAAAGAAAAUUUGUGCUGUUGGACUUACUAAGGUUCUCACAGAAUGCCCAGCAAUGAUGGAUACAGAGUAUACAAAGCUUUGGACACCAUUGCUCCAGGCUCUUAUUGGCUUGUUCGAGCUUCCAGAAGAUGAUACCAUCCCAGACGAUGAACAUUUCAUCGAUAUUGAAGAUACUCCAGGCUACCAGGCUGCAUUCUCUCAGCUUGCCUUUGCUGGUAAAAAGGAACAUGACCCUAUUGGAGAAAUGGUCAACAAUCCCAAGAUUCUGCUGGCACAGUCUCUUCACAAAUUGUCUACUGCUUGUCCAGGCAGGGUGCCCUCAAUGAUCAGCACCAGUCUGAAUGCCGAUGCCCUGCAGUUUCUCCAAGGAUACCUUCAAGCUGGCAGUGUCACAUUGGUGUAAAUCCGUUUUCUUCAGCCAAACACUAACCUUUAACUGUUCAAGAAAUGUAUCCAGCUAUUGUGGGGUUGUUAAUACUGUCUCUGCAUGGUCACAAUCUAUUGAGUCCUGGACUGCAGAAUUAGGUCUUAUGUCGAUGUUACAAAUCUCCCACUGCAGCCAAUCAGACCCAGCACAACUUGAGUACCAAUCUCAUUGGAUACCUCUAGCGCGAUAAGUAAGUUGUUGGGGUGGUUGUUUAGCCCGACUGUUCCCAUCUCUUACAAAGGAGUAGCAGAUAAUUUAUUGUACAGAUCAGAUUCCUUCGUAAGAGUAAGAAGCAUUUUCACAAAAGCACUUAUUAAACCAACCUUCAUACCAGGUUAUUUUGAUAUCAUUGAAACUGCCUUUUUUUCCUCUUUUUCACCCUUGUUUCUUUUCUGAACUGUGAAUAAAUAAGCAUUUGCUUAAAA